AUUCUGCCUCCCGUAAGCGCCCAGGAGAGAUUGAAGAAAAGGAGAUGCAAGAGACUGAGUUUUGCAGAACUUUGAUGAAGACAGGAGCCCGGAGCAGGACGUUUCUCCUUUUUUAGACUGGAACCGAUCAUUUCCGUGGACAGCAUCGCCACAUCUCCAUAAUCUGCCCUGGGUCUCAUAAGAGGAGAGCACGUUCUUUUUAAAACUCUUACAAAAAUAAUCAAGGAAUCGCGUUAACAAGGUUGUCCGUGUGACUGCUGAGAAGCCAUGAUCCUGAACGCGUCUGACCUGGGCUGGGAUGAGUCCUCAGGUUCAGACCCCUUCUUCCCACUGGACAAACUUGAAAGCUCACCUGAAUAUGAAGUCCCGCCCCUCACCGUGUGGGGUGUGGCCCUGUGUAUUUCAGGAACUCUCAUUGCCACAGAAAAUGCCAUAGUUGUCACCACCAUCCUGGCCACACCUUCUCUUCGCGCCCCCGUUUUCCUGCUGCUCGCUAGCCUCGGAUUGGCUGAUCUCCUGGCGGGCGUUGCUCUGAUCUUGCACUUCCUCUUCCUGUUCUGCGUGGAGCCCAGUGAUUGGUCAGAAUUGAUAACCUCAGGACUACUGGUGACAUCCCUGACUGCCUCUCUCUGUAGCCUGAUGGGUGUCGCUUUGGACCGAUACCUGUCUCUAAGCAACGCCCUCACCUAUGGGUCGAGCCAAUCACGUAAUAGAGCAGCCAUCCUGCUGCUGCUGGUCUGGGUGGGGGCGUGCAUCAUUGGGGCGGGGCCUGCGAUGGGAUGGCACUGUCUGGGUAUGCCAAACUCCUGUUCUGUAGCACGACCUCUGACCCGGACUUACCUGUCGCUGCUGUGUGGUGGCUUCCUGGUGGUUGUCAUGAUAACCCUACAAUUGUACGCUGGGAUCUGCCGUGUGGCGAGGCGGCACGCCCACGCCAUAGCCACCCAGAGGCACUUCCUCCCUGCCAACCACUCGUAUGCAAGCAAACACAGCAGUGGGAGGGGCUUCUCUCGUCUGAUCCUGGUGCUCAGUGUGUUUGUGGGCUGCUGGAUGCCCUUCUCCCUCUGGGGGCUGCUGGGGGACGCGUCCAGCCCUCCUCUGUACACCUAUGCCACUUUGGUGCCAGCGGCGGGCAGCUCGCUGCUGAACCCGAUCCUCUACAGUCUGAGAAACAAAGACAUUCGCAAGGUGCUGCUCCAGGCCUGCUGCCCGCACAGAUACACACAAAACACACACACAAACUACCCUGCCGAUGUGUAGACUGCCAAACCUCACCAUGGGACUCAAAGCACCACACACUCUAUGCCAGACAUAUCACUGUUUGUGUGCCAAGAUAGCUGCAUUGACCAUCAUCCAGAACAUAAAGUCUCGCUCACACUGACAUAUACACACACACACAUAAGAAGCACUUCUCAGAGAGAUAAAGUUCCUCCUCUGCAAAUCAGAAUGUUCUGGCCUGUCCUGGCUGGCAGACAUUUUUGGACUACAGACUAAACGUACUGUCUUGUUUGUACUUUGUGCCUCAUCCUCAGUCAAUUGUAGCUCCACUGAAACAAUCACAGGGAUGCUUAAUAUGGUAUACCCCCACUCAUAGAAAGUGGAUUUAAUCACCAUUGGCACUUUAUGGCGGGAGGAAGGGAUUGGUUUUAAAUGUAAGCCUGUUACAGUGUAAUGACACGUGAGCAAAAGCCAAAUUGUAUUUACUUGAAUGUCUAGAAAACAAAAUGUCCUAGAUCUUUGAGAUUCUAUUUUGCACAUGCUGUCAAAGGCACUUUGAAAAGGUACUGACCAUAUGUUCGUGUUGCACAGCCUUUUUGAAAUGAAUGAAUAUUUUAUACCGAUGAAUAAUAAAUAUGCUUUUUUUUCUA